CUGACACUGACACUGACAGCGCAUCCUGGUCUUGCAAUUGUCGUCGAACCCAAAUCUAGGCUACUCUCCCAACGUUGGGGGUACGUUCCGUUCGUAUCUAUCUCUAGCAGAGUCGUGAGGCCAGGCAAUGUCCGACAAGCAGAAUGUCUCCGACACCGAUGCCCUGUCGAAUGAGAUCGUCCGGGCUUUGGGGAAUGAGCUGAAACGACUAAGGGCUACUCAUCGCGAGUCAGAAGCUAGGAUUCGUGGGUUGGAAGCGCAAUACGGCGACCUGGAGGCUAAGUAUGGUGGCCUCGUGGCUCGUAACAGCGAUCUGAAGGCCAGCCAUAACGCUGUCUCGGCGAGGAACACUGUUCUGGAGGGCAGAAACGCCGAGCUAGAAGGAGAGAACGCGCGGCUCCAGCAAGAACUCGGAGACACGCGCAGAGCAUUGGUAGCUACGAAGGUAAAGGAAGAGGACUCGGAACCGUGCAUUCUGGCAGCAGGAUCGCCUUACGAGCAGGUGAAGAGGGCCCUAGACGAGUCGAUGCGACAGAGGAAGGAGGAAAGCCAAGAGCAUGAUCGCGUUAUGAAGGCUCUCCAGGACAGACUUGCGAAGUCAGAUCAAGGACGUGUAGAGAUGGCCGCGGAACUGGUGCAGGCGCAACGACUAAAGCCGCCUCGUAUCUCCUCCCAACGAUCUUCGAGCAGCAAUGAGAACCCGCGACCAGUGCCUCGGAAGGCUAGGACAGCCAUCGCAAAGCAUGCAAAUGGCGAUGAAGGAUCGACAUCUGACGACGAAGAAUCCGAAGAAGAAUCCGACGCGGUAUCGGCGAGUGAUGCCGACGAAUCGGUAUCCAGUGUCGGCGAAGAGGAUGAAGCACCGGCAGCAUGUGAUGACGCCGAGAACGUUGUCCAACCACAGGACGUAGAUGGUUUCGAUUUAUCUCUUUUCCUGGGGAGCGAGGCAGUCAAUUCGACCGGAGUGCGAGAAUCUCCAUUGAAGGUGGAACUCGGGAGUAGAGCGCUAAGAGAUCUCCGCAAGAUAAUCCCUCAGCCAUGUUGGGUAUGCACUAGCCCUGAAGUCAUUUGGUCGAACGAAGCGACCAAGUGUCUGUUCAUGUUGCCUUCUCAGCUCCACGACGCCAACUCCGGAGCGACCACGGACAUUGAUUACGACGACCGAGUUCAGGAGGACGAAGUGCGUGACCUAUUCCAUAAAAGCAACGGUACAUGGUUCUACCGCGGCACAUUCCGAUGUACGGGACGGUCAAUCGUGUCAUACAGAUGUAUCAAAAGUAUUGUCAAGGGCCAGCACAACGUCUUCAAUACUAUCUUUCAAAGGACAGUCCCCGGCAGCCAUGGUUCUACGCUCACGGUACAAGAUAUGUACAGGAACGAACAGCUCUGGAUUGUUUGCUUCAGACUGGAGAAGGUCGGCGAGAACCACAAUAUUGUGAGCACACUGGCAGUAGAGGCAUGCGAACACAAUGGUCAAGAAAGAAGCAGACAAGGAAGCAGACGCAAACGUCCAUCACAUCAUACAGACAACGGGGGCAGGAAGAAACGCAAGCUCUCUUGAAGCCCAAGGUACGUUCGACUUGACUUGGUAUCGAUGUACGAUUCAGCUCGUGUCUCCGAAGCUUAGGCAGAACCCACACCGGUCACUUCGCUCUGUGUAUUAUAUACCCGCAUCUAUCGCUGCUUUGCUUUGUUGUGUCUUUG